CAAUUAAUAAUUUAUUAGUAUUGUUCUGUUUCUGUUAAGAACAAAGAAGAUAAACAAAAAUGAUGAAUCUUUUGGCUUUGUCUCUCGUUCUCGGUUCUCUGGUGGUGGCUGGAGUUUGGUCGCCGUUACCGGAGAAGAAGCUAGAAGGGGAAGAUGUUAUUGUUAGAGAAGAUCACAACAGGAUCAUCAUCGUGGAGACGUACGACGAAGAUGGCCAACACAACACCAAAGUCUCAUUCUCUCCGCCAAACAAGCAGCAUGAUGGCUUCAUUGACAGCACCAAGGACAUGAUGAUAAAAGAAGCCUCCUCUGUGCUUCCGAAUCUCGGCCAAGGGAUUUCCCCCGACGGAAAAACCUCUGGUGGUGGUGGGGGGAGACACACCGCCAAAGAGGCCAAGGAGAAGAUUGCGGAGAAGGUGCACGAAGAUGUUGCAAUGAAGAGACAUAUGGCACAUAAAGCUAAGGAGACGGUGAAAGAGAAGACGAAAGAUGUCAAAGAAGGAACCAAGGAAGCCAUUGGUAAAGCCAAGGAGACAGGGAAGCAAACCAUGGAGGCGGGGAAGGAAGCCAUUGAUAUGGCCAAGGAAACGGGGACGACAAUUGGGAGUCAUAUAGCCUUGAAUGUGUCUGAGAAAAUAGAGGAUGUCCGCCAGAAUGCAGCAGAGAUGGCAAAGGAAGCAAAAGAAACAACAGAGCAUGCUACAAAGAGGGCUAAAACUGGUGCAAACAAGAUCCUUGAUCUAGUGAGGAACAUGGUAAUGUUGGAUUCAUUGAUGGGUAUAGCAAAUCUGCUCGGAUUUGCUACGGCUUAUGGAACGGGUAUGUGGGUUACUUUUGCCUCCAGCUAUGUGUUGGCUGAACUGCUUCCGAGGCAACAGUUUGCUCUGGUACAGAGCAAGACUUACCCCUGUUUAUUUCAGGAGAUGUUUCAGGCUUAUAAUCUUCUGUCAUCACUUUUGAUGGUUUUGUUCAAUGCCCUGUAUCUGGAGCCUAGAGCCACUAAGGCUAUGUUUGAAAGGAUGAGAUUGGAGAAGGAGGAAGGCAGAGGAAGAGAGAGCUCUGCCUCUGAGCCAAAAAGGGUGGUUGAGAAGCCGCAUGCAACAGCCAAAACUGCCACCACUGAAGCACCAUCACCAGCAGUAGCUGCUAGUGCAGAGCAGGAAGCACUGAGAUCAAGGAUGGCUGAACUGAGAGAAAGGCUAAAGAGGCUUAAUACAAACUCAUCCUUUCUUAAUGUACUGGCUCUAAUGGCUCUCACCUGGCAUCUGGUAUAUCUAGGCUAGCGCCUAGGCGUAGCCUGUUGAAAUCACCAAUGCUUUCAAUGCUAAGUGUUGUUGUAGUAUCUAAGACUCAGCUCUAGAACACUUUGUCUUGUAAAACUCUUAGGAUGAUUUCAGUGAGAUGUUUUGUAAACGUGGUUUGAAACAGAAUUUAAGUGUUGGAAAUGCAGAGGCAAUGUGGAAUUGUCUACUAAAAAUUAUUCUGGACU